GCGUGUAACCGAACAAACGACCGAACGAUUUGACAGAUGAUGUGGCCUACCGUCUUGAAGUAGUGAAUUUUAUUAAAUUAUUUUACUGGAAUGUUUAUUAAAAUGCGAACAUGAUUGUUUUUGAAUGUGUUAUAUUAUUUUCCUUACUAUCAACCUGCUACUGUAGGCUACCUGACAAAGUAGUGUGUGUUAAUCCAGAAUGUAGUGAACCAAUAUCUAAAGCGAAAACAUUAAUCAAUUACAACAGUGGUGAUCCAGAUCUUAUGUCUUUUCGAGGGAAUUCUGAAGCAAUUAUUUUCAGAAAAUCUGCGGGUGAGAAUCGAGACAUAUGGUAUGCUAGUAUAAAUGGAAAAUCUGGUUACGUUGUCUCGAAAUUUUUGCGAGAAUACAAAAUACUGGAAAGAAACCCUGACGUUAUUUUACCUAUACAAGAAAUUCCAAUACAAGUCCAGCCAAAUAAAGUACAGCAAGCUCACGAAGUAAUUGAUGGUACCACAAUCUUAAACAGUAGUCCAGAUGGGACAACUCCUCCUUCACCUCCUUCAGAUUCAGAUCCUGAGACCACAAAGUCCACUCCUAUUAAUAAUGAUAAUUUAACAAAUGUUUUAUCCACUGAUGGAAUUAAUAAAAAAGAAGUUGAAUCUAAUUUAAAAGAUGGCACAAAUGAAAAUGCUGUAGAUGACUCAAUUGCAAUUAAUAAUAGUGAAAGUUCUAUAUCAUUGAAUCUUUUAAAUGAAUCUAGUGGUAGUAAUCAUGUCUUAAUAAGUGAUGGUAAUGGUCAGAUGAAUGAGACAUUAGAUGAAAAUUCAGAGACAGAAGAUCAGGAACAAUCGGCAGUUAAUGCAGAGGAAACAUCAUCAGAAAGUGAGGAUGACAAUCAUUCAGAAGAAAAUAUGGCAGAUGAAAGUGACAUCCCAGUAGAAUCAGCUGAAGUGCCUGAAAAACUAGAUAUUACUAGUGAUAUUAAUACUAAGGAUCCUGUUAAUGAAGAAGACUCAUUUUCAAAUGUGAUAAAUAAUGUUAACUCCCAAUUACCAUUAGAAAAAAUCGUUGCUAACACAACAGAGGAUAUACAAACUGAAAUCCCACCGCAAGUGCCUGAAACUAAAAGUGAAAGUCUAGUUAAUGAACAAAUUGUAAAUGAUGAAAUACCUAUUGAUAUAUCUAAUGUUGAAAAUAUAAAUCAAGAACCUGAAACAACAGAAGUUCCGGUAUCAACUGAGAUUCCGGCUGUCCAAGAACUCACUACACCAGCCAAUGAGAUUCCAAUAACCCAAACAAUUCCAGCUACAUUUCCAGAUGCCUACGAAAACAUAAAUAUGAAUAGCCCUCAUCAAAGUGAACCAGUUGCUUACGAAACCACUCCUCAGUAUAUCGAAAACCAGGACACACAUAUCACUGAAGCAAGUACUGUGAGCGAACCCAACUCAGAUGCCACCGAUGAAAUUUCAUCACCUCAAGUAGAUAUUACCACUGAGACAAUACUAGAAGAAAUCUUUAGCUCGACUACAGAAACCCCAGUUUCUAGUGAAGAUAAUACAGAAAGUGUUUUAUCCAAUAUUUACACAACAGUCGCUGACCUAUGGCCUCCGACAACAGAGACUCCGCCCCCCAUUUACAAUCCAGAGUAUGUUGAAGAUCGUGAAGACAAAAGCUUCUCAUUUAUAAGUUAUUUAUUCAAUACAUAUAAAGCUGUUAUGGGAGUCCAGGAGGAUAGCAAUGCUCUUUUCCCAGGAAUUGGUGAAACGUGUUAUAAAGAUGAAUAUUGUGACGGAGAGGGCAACAGGCCUAAUCGGCUACUAACAUUUCUCGUCACCACCGCUGGUUCAGUGUUGCUCUUCACUCUCGGUUACUACUAUAUAGAGAGCAAGCGACAGGACAGUAGGCUCAUUGGAAACAUCGAUAACCUUCAACGAGAACUGCUUUUCACGAGUAAGGAGUGUAAGAUCCUCAAAGAGGAGCUCGCGUCUACUAAAACGAAGUUGGCAGGUAUCGAGGACAGCUCGUUCGGGAUGGACGAUAUGGUUCAGUCAUUGAGAGCGGAAAUCAAUGAACUGAAAGAGAACAACGAGAGAUUGAGAAACUCCUUGGAUGAUAACGAAAAGCUGCUCAGAGUGUCCGAGAACACGGCCGGCGAGCUGCAGAAUACGUUGAGUGAAGUGGAGAAUACUCUCAGUGAGCUCUUUGCUGAGAGAGCACAUUCUGAAGAGCAAAUUGCUGAAUUGAACGGUAAAAUUCAGGCGUUUGAAGAAGAAUUAAUAUCGGUCAGCAGAGAGAGGGACAGCUACCAGUUGAAGUAUGUGUCAGCGGAGACGGCUUUGGAGGAACAUAGGAAACAUAAGAAACAGUUGGAUGAAACGAAGAUUGAUCUGACUGACGCGAACAACACCAUCGAGCUGCAGCGACAUGAGAUUGUGGCUCUUAAAGACGCGAUCAAAGAGUUGCAAGGCGGCACGUCCUCGAGUACAGACGCAAAUUCAUUGAUAGACCACACAGAAAUAAAGGCGAAGUUGGCCAAGGCUUUGGAAGAGAGGGACGCGUUCAUGAGUAAAUAUGAGACAGAGCACAAAGAAAGAUCCCGUCUCUCUGAAGAACUCAGAACAGCUCUGGAGUCGUACAAAGCCAGCAGUCAACAGGCAACGGAGGCCACGACCAGGUUAGAGGUGCUGGGGAAAUACUUCCAGGAACGAGAGAGCGAACUCAUGAGAGAACUGAGCACCAAAGAGGCGUUAUGGCUCAGUAAGCAAGGAGAGUCCGCCAGCACUGUUGAAAAGAUUGAAAUAUUGCAGCAGGAGGUUCAAAGAUACAAGGAGAAAUGCGACCAGCUGACCCUAGAGCUGGCCGAGGCUGAGUCGUGUCGUCGCACAGUUGUGAGUGAGGUCGAAGGUCGAGCUCAUGCCGCGUGGCUGGAGGCGCGCUCCGCCAGGAGGGACCUGGACGCGGCGAGAGACGAAGCCGCCGCGCUCAGGAGAAAACUGGCCGCCUUGCACGACAACGACGCGCAGCGACCAAUAGCAUCUCCACUAGAGGCGGAUGUAGGGUUGCCAACAGCCCUACCACCACCUCUGGCGUUCCUUCCACCGCUGUUGCCACCCUUGCCGCGUCCACCACCCCUAGGACGAUUGCCAACACCACCUAGAUUCAGUGAGCGUCGUUACUCGCCGGACAGUCGUUAUUCGCCAGGGAGUUACUAUCCACCGGAAAGACGUUACUCGCCGGAACGGCGUUACUCACCGGAGAGACGUUACUCGCCGGAGAGUCGAUACUCGCCGGAGACCGUCCGCUACUCGCCGGAGAGUCGUUACUCGCCGGAAAGUCGCUAUUCACCACCGAGAAGAUCGCCGUACUCGCCACGAAGACGACGUUCAAUUGAUAGGUACAACGGCCGCGGCUCUCGCACUAGAAAUGGUCCGGUCGAUACAGAGACGGAAUAUCACUCGGACAGUCCCACGAGACGACCUCCGAGACGGCGGUACUCAAGACGUACCUCUGGUCCAAGCUCUGGUUCAGGGUGUUCUUCCGAAUCGGAAAAAUGAUUUGUGUUCUAGUAUUUAUUUUAUUUCGGUUGUAGAAAUAUGACGAACUGAGCCAAAUUAUUCAUCGGUGGUUAUGGAAACUUAAUGUAAGAUAUUAAUCGUCUCCACUGGGAAUUUUUAAUUAAUUUAUUAGUCAAUAAUAUAGAGUAAAAUAUAUUUGGCUCUCAAAUGGAAUGGUAGUAAAAAUCACAAAAAUUUACUAGCUCCUCUUUGCUUUUUGCUUCCAACUAUUAUCUUCCUGAAAAAUAUAUAUUAAUCAGUCCGAGAUAAAUAUAAUACAAUGUUCCCGAUAACCAAUUUUAUUCGACUGUGUAGAUUAUGUAAAUACUUGUGUCAUUUGAAUUAAACAUUCAUUCUAGA